AUGCUCCCCCAUUCUCGCCACAGGCCCCAUAUUCGACACCCUACCCGACGUCGGGGGCCUAGAGCGCAGACAGCCUGCAUCAGCUGUAAGGAGAGAAAGCUGAAAUGCGAUGACCAAGUUCCUUCGUGUGCCAACUGCCAGCGGCUUGAUCUUGCUUGCCUUGUUGAAGAUCCCUCUACCAAGCGCCAGUUACCUAGAAACUACCUCGAGACUUUGGAGGAGCGCGUGGAGCUUCUCGAGCGCCUCCUGCAACAACAGAGCCAAGUCAGCCAGCCGUCAGCCCCCGCCGGACUACAACCGUCUCGUUCUCGCGACUUCAACCACUUCGGUGCUGUCGCUGGGUCGUAUACAGCAAGGGAUAGAGAUGAGAGCGACGAAGCUACCGAUCUGAUAUCAAAGGCAGGCGUCUUGAGCCUUCACGCCUCGGGUGCGGAGCCGCAGUAUUUCGGGCCAUCAUCCAUGUUUUCCUUCUCCCGUGUUAUUCAUGCUUGUGUUCGACAGACGGUGCAAGAGAAACCCUCCAACGAAUUCGACUACAGCCUGGACGAAAUGGAUGCAUCUGCAUUGGCCCCCUGCCGCCUUCCAAGUUACGAGGUUGGGUUGGCCCUAAGCAAUGCUUACUUCGAAAAUGUUCAUUUGCAGUACCCUUUUCUUCAUGAGCCAACUUUCAGGCAGUGGGAGAAUAACGCCGUCGGGCUGGAUUCCAUGGUGGCCAGCCCUUCUGAGCUUUUCUUCGUCAACAUGGUUUACGCGAUAGGAGCUCUUCUGAAAUCCAACAAGAAAUCCUUCCCACAACAACUUUACGUCUCGGCGCUGCUAUACAUCGAUCAUGUUCUGGCAAAAAAGAGCCUCGAGUCUAUCCAAGCAUUGCUUUGUUGUGCCUUGUUCUCAAUCCGCUCUUCAAUGGGCCCGUCCGUCUGGAAUCUCUCGGGCCUUGCGCUGCGUCAGUGCAUAGAACUUGGAUAUCACCGCAAUCCUAAGAAGAUCAACUUGAAGACGAACAUCCUGCGUCUCGAGCUGCGGAAGCGAGUAUUCUGGUGCGCAUACCAGAUGGACUGCGCCUCAUCCGUGAACCUCGGACUUCCUCUAAGCCUCCCGAUUCAGGAAGUCGACACUGAAUUUCCACUAGAUAUCAACGACUCAUCCAUCACCGAGACUGGAGUCAAAGGGCCUCCUCGCCCGCCAGGUGGCCCGGUAACCACCAUGUCACACGCGCUACAUCAAUUCCGGAUCCGAUGCAUCUGGGCCCGUAUCUACGCAUCCAUAUACUCCAAUGCUGCCAGUCAAAGCCACAGUGACGAAAGCUAUCAGGCACAGGUGCAAUCAUUGCGUAGGGAGCUUGACGAAUGGAUGGCCGCUACACCUCCUGAACCCCAACGGCCAGGCGUUCCCCUGACCGUCUUUGCGAAUGCCGAGGAUUACAAAGUGACUUACAACGAAACCAUCCUGUUUCUCUACCGUGGGCAGCUGACAAACCGCGAGAAUGUGCAGGACGAGGUGUUUUUGGAAUGCAUGCAGGCUGCAAGUGACAUUUGCCAAUCAUGCAAGCGCCUGUACAUCGGGAAGCCCAUUAACUAUACCUGGUCAACCCUCCACGUCAUCUUCCUAGCAGGGUUAACUAACCUGCACUGUCUUUGGACUUCACCUGCUGUCCGACAAGCCGCGAGGAUCGAUAGCGUCAGCAAUUCGUUUACGACCUGCACCAUGUUGCUGGCCAUCAUGGCGGAACGCUGGGAAGGCGCCGCGCCGUACCGGGAUCUAUUCGAGGCGCUGACUUCAAGAGCCAUGGCUAUGCUGGUAGAGAGGAAGCAGCACGAGCCAUUGCCUACAUCGCCUGCAGGCUCUACUGUUCCGAACAUGGAGGAUCUUACGCAAUGGGCGGCCCAGAUAGCCGAUGUUGGCAUGCCUGAUGCUUUUGGCAGUCUCCUGAGUGGCCUCAUUGGCGAUUACAGCUUAGAGGGGCAGGAGUCUAUUGAUAGUUUGUGGGAGUUUUGA